AUGCCGGUUAAUAUGGCGGAUAUUCCACCUGCACCUCAAGACCUAGAUGCCAAAGCAGAACCCUCGGACGAUGGCAAGCCUGGGAUGCUGGAAAUGAGCCAGGACGAGGUUGAUGCCAUUAUCAGGAACAAAAGGAAGGUUCGCGAUCCGAAAGCAUGUUAUGCUUGUCAUCGUCGGAAAGUCAAGUGCGACCGCAACCUCCCAUGUGACUCCUGUGUGAAAAGAGACCACCCAGAGCUCUGCUCAUAUGAACGGCCAACCAAGAAGAGACGUAUAGCACUAACCGCUGCCUUGGCCCAGACCGACGAUAAAAGUCCAGGUGCUGUUGAUAGACCACUUGAUUCAGGAUCCAAUAUAAUCGUUCCAAGGGAACAGUGGGAGAACCUCAAUCGCGAGCUUGCUCAGCUACGUGUGCAAGCCAAAGAAGAGAAGGACGACGACACCAGUGCUGCUAGCGAAGAACAUGCCGUUCCUGAGCUCACUGGCCACUCUGAUGACGGCGAUCGGGAAGGCGUGCAUGCUCCUAGCAAUCAAAUGGGUACCAUGCACCUUGGCUCUAGAUCUGUGCUAGCAUACAUGGUUGGCAACCGGACCAAGUCGACCCAAGAUGCCGCCAGAUUAUUGCUCGAGAAAGACAUCCUACCCAACCUAGGGCUCGAUAACGAGAACACAACGUACCCUUUCGUCGACCUUUGGAGUACUGACUCCAACGGGCAAGACGUGAACGGCUUGGUUCAAGCCCUUCCAGAUGAUAGCUUGUGCAGAGAGUUCUGGUUGACGUACCGAGACAUUCCUUGCGUUAUUUAUCCUGUCGUUCCGGAUGCACAAGCCUUCCAGAACAAUCUCGAGAUUUUGCUCCAGAAUCGAGCAGAUAUGGCAGGUACUGGUGUUCCACUCGAUCCCGACAGACCUUAUGGCGUCUCUAUGCCGUGGCUAGCACUUCUCUUCGCUGUGCUUGCGUCCGGCUCUCAAUCUACUGGUCGGCCUGCCAAGGAAAGAGAGUUGACUUCGCAAGUAUACAUAUGUUGUUCUUACCAAGCAUUGCGCAAUGCUCUCUCCUACAACAUGAACCCUGGGGUGAGCUACAUCAUUCUGGGUAUGACAUUGAGAAGCGCAUUCAGCAUGGGCUUGCAUGUGAACUCACCCAACUUUACUGAAGCUGAGAACUACCUGAGAUCGAGAAUAUGGUGGGCACUGGCCUGGCAGGACUCUCAUUUCAGUAUAAGCUACGAUCGUCCCAGCUCGAGCAUCAUGUGCUUUCCGAACUUGCCUUAUACCAGGAACAGCACACCAGGUGACAGGACUUAUGUUGAAAGCAUGACGGGUAUUAUCAAGCUAACUCAGAAGAUUCUGCGGGAACGUGCUUGUAAUCCGAAGCAUGCCAUGAGCUGGAGCAUGAUCAUGGAGUUCAAGGAUGAGGUCCAUCGUAUCUGGAACGAAGCCCAACCGCAACUCCGCGAUUCAGCCUUGUGUAUCUCUCUGAAGGACCAUCUCGAACGACUGGCAUUGCAAAUUCACUGCUCUUACUUGAUCAGCGAGAUCUGUCGACCGGCCUUGAAGGAGGAACAUCUUCCUGGCCCAACCUCGAACCCAUCUUGCUAUGGCAAGCAGUCUCCUGUUAUUUCACCUCCUGUCACUUCACGACGGAAGCCAUCCACCCAAGGGGAUUCACCAGCAACAACACCUGCAGAUCCUCAGGUCACGGCAAACCUUCGAUCGGAAUGUAUAGAAUAUCUGCAAAGAACUGUGGAGACUUAUAUUGAGCUUCGGUCCAUCAACAAGUUUGCCGCUCGUUCAUGGAUCGGUAUCCAAAGAUCAGUCUCGGCAGCCUUUAUGCUUGCUGUCAUGCCAGAAACCCAACGAGAGCCACGAAUCAUCGCUUUGCUCACCAGACUGGAAAGUGCCAUUGCUCAGAGUGCGAUUGAAGACAUUGGAUUCCGGACUGUAGACAACACAAGAAGUCCUACGGGCACAGACCUUGAGGGCCUGUCGAUGUCGAAUGAACAAGCGAGACCACCAUUAUGGGUGCGCAGUAUGACGAAGAGCUUGAACGCCUUAUCCAAGCUCAACGCAGCACUAGCCAGGGGUAGGCCCGGUAGUGUAAGCCAGCCGUUCAUGUCGUAUUCAACACCAUUUCAAUCGAUUGCGCCAGACAUGUCAGGAACUGUAUACAACUACAAUGUGCCGCCAAUAAACACGGACGUUCAGACAGAUAGCCAACACUUUCCGUCUUUCUAUAAUCACACGCCACGAGCAUCCGAGCGUGGAUCAAUAACGUCAAUAGCUCCUUAUACUCCUGAAUCGCUUGGAAGCGACUGGAAUUCCAGCAACAUCCCACAACGAGCGUUUGAGCAUAUUCCUCCAGGUAUCUGGGGUAGGUGA